CAGCAGACCAGCAACGCUGCAAACAAAAACAAACACGGCGCGCUGACCUUCCGACUUUGUGCUCUUCUUCUCUUCUUGGUCUCCUCCCUUGCUUGGAGUAUGGUGACGAGAAGAAGACCUGGAUGCCUGCAGGCACUCCUUGAGCUGCUGGCGGCAGUGUGCUGGAUGCCGUUCACCAUCUCGGGUGAGGUGGUGAUGGUUGAGGAUGAAGCUGGUGCCUUCCACGUCAACACCAGCGAUACCAUGAACCAGCCCGUGUUUGUGAACGGCAUGAAUGUGCAUGAGACGCUCAGCACGCUGAUGAGCGCCGUCUCGGUGCAGCAGAGCGCUAUCAAUGUACAGCAGAGCUUGCACGCUGAACUCUGCCAGGUUGCGAGGCGUGCCGAUAUGUUAGGGCAGCUUGGAUCACGAGGUGGGAAGUGGGUUGGCGGCGUGCUGGCCAACAACGGUUUAAUCUACGCUGCGCCAUACAACUCGCCUUCCGUGCUCAUUAUCAAUCCGAGCACAAACACCGUUGAUACGACCACAAUCUCCGUGCUCCUUGAGAAUGGUGCGAAGUGGGCGGGUGCGGUGUUGGCGCACAACGGCUUCGUCUACAUGUUUGCGUCAACACAAGCAACCAUGCUCAUCGUCGACCCGGACACCAACACCACUGACACAUCGAGUAUCCACUCGCUGGGCUCCGGCGUCGCCAAAUGGCGGAGCGGUGUUGUGGCCAGCAAUGGCCUCAUCUUCGGCAUCCCCUCUUUUGCAACGUCUGUGCUAAUUGUUGACCCGGAGACCAAUGUCGCCGACCUCACCACGCUCUCUGGGCUGUCGAACCAUGAAUUCAAGUGGUAUGGCGGUGUACAGGCAGACACCGACCUCAUAUACUGCAUUCCCGUGACGGCGUCCUCUGUCCUCGUCAUCAAUCCAGAGUUGCUCACGAUGGACCUCACCACAUUGGCUGGUUUUGACACGGGCUACAAGUGGCGCGGGGGCGUGCUUGCAGGCAACGGUCUCAUCUACGCCGUCCCGUCUCGCUCUGCGAUGGCCCUUAUCAUUGACCCAGCCACCAACGCCAGCCGCCAGCACCCAGUCACGGAGCGAACCAGCUUUGGACAGUGGCUUGGCGCUGUGCUUGCACCCAACGCCAACAUCAUCGGCAUCCCAUACGACUCGUCAUCUGUUCUCAUCUUCGACACCACCACCACCAGCAUCAGCGACACCACGACCAUCAACGAUCUUGAAGAAGGAGGCACCAAGUGGUGGGACGGAGUGCUCGCUCCGAACGGCCUCGUCUAUGGUAUUCCAUUCAACGCCGAAUCUGUCCUCGUCAUCGACCCAGGGUGCUGAUGUGUGGGGAGGGUGUGUGUGUGUUGUCGAUGUGUGUUUGUG